GUUUUAUGACAUGACUCGGUCUUCUACAUCACAAACUGGCAAAACUUACCUCGACUUUCUGCUUUUGUAGGGACAAUCACCAGAUCCUUACUCUCAGAUCUACCUCUUCUUUCUUCUUUCUGGACCUAACUUUCAUCGUUUGUAUACGCAAAAGCACUAAACUAACCCAGUUGGCCAUUGCCCUCUUGAAGUUUGGAUUUUUAUUCCUUGUUUGGUGCUAGACUGCUAGUCAUGGAUCCUUACUCCUGGGGGUCGUGUAGGAAUGGCAAUGUUAUUAAGAGUGUAAGUGAUGAGUUAUUUGUGAACAAUGGGUUGCAAGGGAGAGCUAGAAAUGGGUCAUCUUCAUAUUCGUCGUUGGUUUUGGAUUGUGAGAGAGGAGAGCUUGUGGAAGCUAAUGUGAAGUUGCAGAGAAAAGAAGUCCCAGUGGAGAGAAGUGUUACGGCUUUGAAGAAUCAUAUCGAAGCAGAGAGGAGGCGGAGAAGGAGGAUUAAUGCGCAUCUUGAUUCGCUUAGGAGCUUAAUACCUGGUGCACAUAAGAUGGAUAAAGCUACUGUGCUGACUGAGGUUAUCAACCAGUUAAAAGAACUGAAAGAGAAUGCCACAGAAGCUACUGAAGGCUUUCUCAUACCAACAGACAUUGAUGAAGUGAAAGUUGAACAGCUGGAGGAGGGACUUGACGGAACCCCUCAUUCAAUCAAGGCAUCUCUGUGUUGCAACUAUAAACCAGGACUUCUUUCCGACUUAAGACAAAAGCUUGAUGCUCUCCAUCUGAUGAUAGUGAAGGCAGAGAUCGCAACAUUGGGAGGCAGGAUGAAGAAUGUUAUUGUAUUGGUUAGCUGUAAAGAGAAGAACUUUGAAAAUACUGAAGUUUGCCAGUCUCUUGUGAAGUCUGUUCACCAGGCACUUAUGUCUGUCCUUGACAAAUUUUCAGCCACGGAGGAGUUCCUUUUGGGAGCUGGACUUUCAAACAAGAGGAGAAGAGUUUCUUCGUUUGAUUCUUCCUUGUUGUCUUCAUCAGGGGAUCUCUGGGAGUUUCAAAUGUAUCAAUGGCUUGUGCCUUCAUGGUAGAUUAGUGAGCGAUCUUCAGCAAUAUGUGCAUCAUAGACAGUACAGCAAAGCUAUUCUGUCCAGUUGAUGUAAUUUCAAUUAUCACUCGAUCUCUUGGAUGAAUAAAUCGAAAAAGGAUUCUCAGUCAAA